AUGGCUGCAACCCCUCUAAAUUCAUUCCAGGAAAUCCAGUCUGAAUGGCUGGACCUGUUGGCCCAGUGUCCCGUUAACACCUUUUAUCUGAUGCCCCAGUGGCAGGAAGUUUGGUGGGAGUCCUUUAGCGAUGGGCGGGAAAUGGCCGGUUUCUAUGUGCAGCGGCCCGAAGGUGUCGCCGCCAUUGCUUCCCUGUCCCGCCAGGGUGACGACCUCUCCUUCGUGGGCAGCACCGAGACCUUCGACUACAACGACUUCAUGAUUCGCCCUGGUUCGGAGGCGGACUUCUUUUCCGCUCUGAUGGAUUGGCUGUCCCAGGGUGAUUGGAAGGAAUUUGAGCUUCCUUCCUUGAUUGAAGGCUCUCCUACUUUGGAAUAUCUGCCCGACCUUGCCCGCGAGCAGGGCUAUUCGGUUGAGAUAGCCGAGGAGGACGUAACUCCUGGGCUGGAACUGCCGGUCACCUGGGACGAAUACCUGUCCAGUCUGUCCAAGAAGAACCGCCACGAACUGCGCCGAAAGCUCCGUCGACUGGAGGCAGUGGAAGGCUGGCGUUGGUACUGCGUAAGCGAGCCGGAUGAGGUAAUUCCCCGGUUGGGUGACUUCCUGUCCUUGAUGCGUCAGAGCGACCCUGAAAAGGACGCCUAUAUGACCCCCGAAAGGGAGGUCUUUUUCCGCCGGAUGGCCGAGCGCACCGCGGAACUGGACAUGCUGCGCCUCUUCUUCCUGGAAAUGGACGGGAAGGACGUAGCCACCGCACUCUGUUUCGACUAUAACGGGACCCGUUUCCUUUACAAUAGCGGGUAUAAUCCGGAAUACGCCUACUACAGCGUCGGCCUGUUGCUGAAUGCCCUGUGCCUUCGGGAAGCUAUCGAGCAGAAAAAGGCCUACUUCGACUUCUUGCGCGGCCCGGAGCCUUACAAGUACCAUCUUGGCGGCCUCAACCGCACCAUCUACCGCAUGGUCGUAAGCAAACCCUCGUCGGCGGACCACAGUUGA